UCAGCACAUUAAGUUACUAUUAGCGUAUGAACGAUUUUAUCAUGGCCAGCGAAGCGCCGGCAUCAAGUCCAAAAAUCCGGUACCAGUUAGCAGAAACAAUAAAUGCUGAUAAACCAGGAACCAAAAUACACUUGGCCCACCGCACGGAUUGCGAAAUUGCGGUGAAGACAACCCUUCUGGUAGGUAGCAGGGAAAAGGCCCACGCGCUGGCCCAUGCGAUGGAUGCCGAUUUACAGCAUAUUCUGACGUUUGAACAUCCGAAUCUGGUGCGUCAUCUGGCGCAUUGCAGUUCUCUGGAGGACAACCCAAGGGACUUGCCGCAUUACAUAACCAUUAUGGAGUACUGUUCCGGCGGCAAUCUGCACGCGGCAGCUGAGUUCCACAUUCCCGCGCCACUCAUCCAGAAAUGGACACGCCAGAUUGUCGACGGUUUAGUUUAUCUGCACGCCCAGCACAUUGUCCACCGCGAUCUAACGGGCACCAACAUUCUGCUAAACAGUCCGGACUGGGAUGUCUGCCAAAUGAAGAUUGGUCAACUGGAAGCUACGAAAAGUCUUCGCAGCGAUGGAACUGUGGAGAAGGUGGCCGGCGACGACAGAGACAGGUAUGCCUUCUUGUCGCCUGAGAUGAUCCGGUCGGGGAACAGCGGCCGCAAGACCGACAUCUGGAGUUUGGGCUGCGUCGUGCUGCAGAUGAUCAGCGGGUUCCCGCGCUUCGUCAAAGUAGUGGACGGAAAACAAGUGGACUUGAAGAUCGAUCUGGCCAUCACGUAUUACAUCGGCAGCGGUGGGAUGCCGGUAAUACCGCCGCAAUUGCCAGAUGAAUUGCGGGCGUUUGUCGCUUAUUGUCUGAAACGCGAUCCUGUAUUACGGCCGCAGGCUGCCGAACUCUUGCAUACGAGCUUUUUGACCCUGGCUAAUGUGCCGCAAUGGCCUGACUGUCGCCCGCAACCGACAUGAUGCAGCGUACACUGAGGAAACGAUUGCGCCUGUUUAUUUUCUGUACUACGAAUAUAUCUGCGGAUUCUUG